UGCCUGCACCGUGAUGCCGGCCGGGUCCCCAUCCUUUCCCACUGCCGGCUGCCUCCCUCCCGCCUGCCACUCUCCCCGCCGGGCUGACUCAGAGUGAAAGCAGAAGCUGCUCAACGUUUCGGGGGGCGGGGGGGAAGCCAAGCAGAACCAAGCAGGUUAUUUUAAACCUGACCUAAUUUCCCCCCUCUCCUUAUCGGGCCCGGCUCUGGCAACCCUUCCCCACCCUCACCCUCAGCAGCUCCCCUUCUUGGGAGCUUCCCAGCGGAGAGGGCAGCGCUUUCGACUCCCCCCAUCCCCGUUUCCUAUAAGGGAGCAGCGGGGGGGUCCUGCAGCCAGGCAGGGCGGUGGGACCCGGGCCAGUGGGGGUGAGUGGGUGCCGUGGGUGGCUAUGCUUUGGCACACUUCACAUGACACCCUCCUGUCCCCCCGUACCGGCUGCCCUUCCUGAGAAAAGCCUGGACCCUCCCAGCUCCGCAGCGGGGCAGCUCCGUCCUCACCCUUGACACCGAGUUUCCCCAGUGCUGGAGGUGCCGGCUGCUCGGGCUUCCUCCUCCUCCUCCUCCUCCUCCCCGUCCCGUCCCCCCACCCUGCGCCCAUGGAACCGGGGUCCCCGUGCAGCCACCCGCGGGGUACGCUCAGCCCUGCUGCUGCUCACGGUGCUUUGUAGGGCCACGGGUAGCUGCUUGCUUGCAAACACGGGGACUGACCGCAAAGUUUCCCAUGCACGGCUUGAAAUCCCUUUCCUGCUCUCCCCAGUUCUGGACCCCCCCCCCCCCCCGAAAAUGGCCAUCUUGCGUGGCCCCUGCGCCUCUCGCCCUCCCUGCCCUGGCCGUGCCCCGGCUGUGCGGCGUGAGCCGGGUUUGCAAAGCACGAUCGGUCCCUCCACGCUGCGAUGGCUCAUCCCGUCUCCUCGUGGCUCUUGGAGGCUUUUCUUCUCACCCUGCCCUUAAUGUUUGGAGUUAUUACAUCUGCCGUGUGCAUCCGCUGUGGUUUAUCCCCCGUCAGCCUUGUUUUAUCCGCUGCGGGCUGUCCCCGGCAUCGCUGGGUCCUUUUCCAGGGCUCUGCUGUUGCUCGUCUCAAACAUUCCCCUGUGCCCUCCUCUAAGGCCGUUUGCGACAGCCGUCUUGACGAAGCUUCAAUUGAUAACUGUCCCAGGCUCUUCUUCUCCCAUCCCCCUUCAGAUGGGCCACCAUGUCUAAUUAAUUACCUUUCUCUUGCUGUUCAAUAGCUGGCUCUUGAUCCAUGUAAUCGUAUUUCUGUCCAUGCUGGCUUGAUUUAAUUUCCCCCUUAGGAUAUCGCGUGGCACUGCGUAUCAGAUGCCUCACCGAAACCCCGGUGUGUUGUGUCCGCCGUGGCCCCUUUGUCUGCAAUUACGCAUUGUAUUUAACUAGCAAAACCCUCCAGAUUUGUCAGGUUACGCUGCCGCAGAGCAAACCCCGGCUGUUUGGCUCCUGCCCGUUCCCCUGGCAGCGGUUGCUUUGGGUCCCGUGCUCCGCUUUCCCUCCCACCCUGCGGAUGCUGUGGUCCAGACCCCCAUCCCGCCCGGCAUCUCCCGCAUCCCCAUCCCGACGCCGUGUGGGAAACCAGCCCCGUGGAGACCCGUCGUCGUGUCCCGGAGAGCCCUGGGUAUGGCAGCUCCCUUCACCCCGGCAUCCUCUUCCCCCCCUCCGCGGGCCGCCGUCCCCUUUGUACGGGGGAACAAGGGCUGGUCUGUGCGGUGCGGGGGCCUCGCACGCCUCCCCCCCCGGCCUCCGCGCUCGCGUGCCGGCCCCGCACAGAAGCCGCGUUGUUCGCCCCGUGCCAGAGCUGAGGUUUCGGGGCAGCGGGGCUGAGGGUUAAAGCUUGCCUCCGGCUCCUGGCACCCGCCGGCCUUUUCUUCCUGCUCUUCCCUUGCUUUCUCUUUCCCUUUCGCUCCACUCCCGGGUUCUGGUUUUUCCUGGCCCUUCUGGCUUUGCUCCGGUGUUUUGGAAGUUGGUGGCUCAAAGCACGCUCCAGCUGAACCCGGCGGCUCAGCUCCGUGCUCAGCGGGCGCCCGCGUCCCACCCCCCUGGUGCGCCAUGGCGUCCCGCAUCGGCCUGCGGAUGGAGCUGAUGAAGCAGCAAGCGCAGCAGGAGGCCGAGAGGGAACGCGUGCAGCAGCAGAUGAUGAUGAACUACAUGCAGCAGCAGCGGAUGCCGGUGGCCUCCACCCCGGCCAUCAACACCCCCGUCCACUACCAGUCCCCGCCGCCUGUGCCCGGAGAGGUCCUCAAGGUUCAGUCCUACCUGGAGAACCCCACCACGUACCACCUCCAGAAGUCACGGGACAAGAAGGUUCAGGCUUAUCUCUCUGAAACCUACGGGAACAAGUUUGCUGCCCACGUCAGCCCCGUCAGCCACUCGCCCAAGCCACCCCCCGCCGCGUCCCCCGGCGUCCGACCCACCCACGUCGUGUCCUCCUCGGCGGGCAACAGCGCGCCCAACAGCCCCAUGGCCAUGCUCAACAUCGGCUCCAACCCCGAGCGGGAGUUCGAUGAGGUCAUCGAUGACAUCAUGCGCCUGGAUGACGUUUUGGGCUAUAUGAACCCCGAAGUCCACAUGCCCAACACACUGCCGAUGUCCAGCAGUCACAUGAAUGUCUAUAGCGGGGACCCCCAGGUGACGGCCUCUCUCGUAGGUGUCACCAGCAGCUCCUGCCCCGCCGACCUCACCCAGAAGAGAGAGCUGACAGAUGCUGAGAGCCGAGCCCUGGCAAAAGAGCGCCAGAAGAAAGACAAUCACAACCUGAUCGAGAGACGGCGAAGGUUUAACAUCAACGACCGCAUCAAAGAGUUGGGGAUGCUGAUCCCCAAAGCCAACGACCUGGACGUGCGCUGGAACAAAGGGACAAUCCUGAAGGCAUCUGUGGACUACAUCAAGAGGAUGCAGAAGGACUUGCAGAGGUCACGAGACCUGGAGAAUCACUCACGGCGUCUGGAGAUGACGAAUAAGCAGCUGCUGCUCCGCAUCCAGGAGCUGGAGAUGCAGGCGCGCGUCCACGGGCUGCCCACCUCCUCGCCCUCGGGCGUCAACGUGGCCGAGCUGGCUCAGCAGGCGGUCAAGCAAGAAGCCGGUGGGGACGAGGGGACGCUGGAGCCGCUGCUGCCACCCCCGGACCCUGAAUCGCAGCUGCAGCCGGCGCUGCCUCCACCACCCCAGUCUCCCUACCACCAGCUGGACUUUACCCACAGCCUGAGCUUCGACGAUGGCUCCCGGGGCUUCCCGGACAGCCUGGAGCCCGGCCACAGUGCUUCCUUCCCAUCCCUAUCCAAGAAGGAGCUGGACUUGAUGUUGAUGCAGGACACCAUGCUGCCCCUGGCCUCCGACCCCUUGUUCUCGGCCAUGUCCCCGGAGGCCUCCAAGGCCAGCAGUCGCCGGAGCAGCUUCAGCAUGGAGGAUGCAGACAUGCUGUGACGAGGAGCUGCUCCGACGCUGGGGGGGAGGACUGGACCUUCGAGUUUGGUUAGUGAAGUUACAGGGCACUCUUCUCGCAGGAGGAGCCCGUCCUGCCGCGCACUUGAAUCUACGUAGGAGUACCUUUUCUCUAUGCAACGGGGGUCUUGGAUCAAGGCUCGCCGGGUACCGCCGUGUCUUUUGCAAGCUUUUUUUUGCCAGGAGCUGGAGCGGACCUUCUUGACUUGCCGUGGCGUUGGCCUGACUGCAGAUUCCCCAGCCCGGGAGCGUGAUCUCGGCUGCUUUGCCUUUCAGCGAAACCCUCCCGGACCGAACCCCUUCCCCAGGGUGCUGGCUCAGAGCCGGAGCGGGCAGGAGCCUUUGCGUCCCUGGCAGGAGAGGGACAAUGCUCAGAGCUUUUCGUCUGGCUCGCUGCCUCCUUGCCAUCUCGCUCCGGGAGCCCGCGUCCCCAGCAGUGGCCUCUGAGCCCCGCGGGUGCUUCACGGUGCCACGUCCUUCACGGUUCCUCCUUCCUCGGAGCACCCGCUGCCUCUCCGGGUCGCAGGGCCGGAGGGAGAAGAGGUGUUAAUUGGAGCACGUUAAUUCACAGGGCACGGGGGGAUGUCGUCCGAGUGAGCUGGGUCUGAGGCUAGGAAUUUGGGUUGAUGUUGAAGGCUUCCAAAACAGCUGGGAUCGGGUGUUUGAUGCUCAGUCAACCCCCUGCUGUGACCCCUACCUUGUGGGGGGACACCCCCUCGGGGUUUGGCAGCACCCACCACCCCGAAACCUCGCUGGCCUCUGGACAAAGGGCUGCAUGGUGCUGGGUGACCUUCAGCCUCCCUCGAGACAUCCCCGCAGAGGUGCCUCUGCUUCGUAACACCAAGCCCUGGCUCUUUGGGUGGAAGGACAAAGGGUUUUUACACUUUUUUGGGGGGGGAUACUUGUUGACAGCCCAUGUCCUGACCCACAUCUGGGCACGGAGGUCCGGGCUGUGGCCGGGGACCAGGGAGUGGUUCGUACCGGUUGCCAAACCUGAGCUGCUGCUCUCCGCCUUUGGCUCGUGGGGUUUAUUUCUCUUCCCAGUGUCACCAGCUCAUUCCCUAGCCAGGAUGGCUCGGUGAUGGGGACCUGCUUUGGGCUCUGCGUCAUCUUCUGUCUCCUCAGCCCGGCCGGUGGCGGGGAGGGAGCUGAGCAGGGGAGAGAGAAGCUGUUCACAGGGAAAAUACCGCAUGACUUUUUUCAGGGAGAGGGAGGGAAGGCUGGGGAGAGGAGACCCCUUUGCAAUCCUGCCCUAUAGCACAGCAUCACCCCCCCGGGCUGUGGGAGCCGUGGCUGGGAGCCCAUGCAGGGAUGGGGGUCACUGGGUGCACCCCGUCCUGGACCAAGGAUGGGGGAUGUCGUGGAGUUGGGACCGCGAGGGGAAAGCCCAGCCAAGGAGGGACAAACUUGCUCCUUUGUGGCUGGAUUUGGGAUUGCGAGGUGGGGGACAGCCCCGGUGCCCCCCUGGAGAGGUGCCUGUCGGACGUGAGGGUGUGGGGAAGUGCAGAAGGUGGGGAGGAGAGGGGGAAAAGAAGAAGGAGGACGUGUCGGAGGUGUCCUGGAGCGCUGGGGCAGAGCAGGGUCUGGCCGCUGCCCUGCGGGGGUGCAGGGAAGGGAGCGGAGGGGACGUCGGGGCGCUGGGCGAGGGGCUCCGGGCUGUGUGCUGGUGGGUUUGGGGCUGUUUCACCCUGCGUGUUCACGGGAGGCCUUGGCAUCCUUCGUGCGCUGCCGUUAGUGCCUGUAAAGAGAAUAAUCCCCCCUGGCAGGGCAGUGGCACCCCGUACGCUGUGCCGAGUACCUAUAGACGUGGGUGAUCUGUGGACACCAGAGGGUCUGCGCGGGCGCUUCAGGGCGGGCGUGCGAAAUCCCUGGUCGCUUGGGAUUAUCGUGGCUGUCGGGUGGUUCUGCUGGGCUCUCGCUGGUGGUACACGGCACGUGUGGGGCUGGCUGGGGCGUGCGACCGCUCUGCGCCCUGCUCGGGGCGCAGAACCGUCUGCUGCUCAACACGAGACGCGGCGUCUCCCCUGGCCAUGAGUAAACAGUUGUGGAUUAUUAUUAUUUUUUUUAAUCUUUUGGAGUUUUUGUUUGUUUUAUUUUUCUUUUCUUUUUUUAAUGCACUGUGCUCUGAUUAAAAAAUUUUACUACUGUUUUAUAAAUAAAUGUAUAAAAGAAUGAACUGGAAUGGAAGAAGAAUCAUUAAAAUAUAUUUAUUUACAACACCCCGGA